AUGGCGCCUCGCUCAAGAGCUGCUGCGGUCGACACUGACGCGUCAAUGUCGGACGCUGCAGAGCCUCAUCCAGUGGAAGGGAUGGAAGUCGACGAGACACCCGACUACACCGACUCAGACACCAAUGCGAACACCACUGCCAGUAGUGUUGUGGGUGAACCUCUUGGCGAUGGCCGUAAGAGACGGUCUGAGGCCAACCAGCUUCGUCGCAGCAUCUUCGGCAAGAAGCAUGAUCGCUUAGGUGAAUCAAAGGAAGAAGACAGUAUUCGACGAUUUCGAUACCUGCUGGGCCUCACGGACCUCUUCCGCCAUUUUAUCGAAACGAACCCCAAUCCUAAGAUUCGGGAAAUUAUGACCGAGAUCGACCGACAGAACGCAGAAGCAUCAAAGAGCAAGAAAAAGGGUUCGCGACAGGGCGGCGCUAGCAACGAGCGACUGCGUCGGACUGAGGCCGAGGAAGAUGCCGAGCUGCUCCAAGACGAGAAGCAUGGUGGCUCUGCCGAGACCGUCUUCCGCGAGUCGCCCGCCUUCAUUCAAGGCCAGAUGAGAGAUUACCAGGUCGCCGGUCUUAACUGGCUAAUUUCUCUCCAUGAAAAUGGUAUCUCUGGCAUUCUUGCCGACGAGAUGGGUCUUGGCAAGACCCUGCAAACAAUUGCGUUCUUGGGCUACUUGAGACACAUUAUGGGUAUUACAGGACCACACAUCGUCAUCGUUCCGAAGUCGACAUUGGACAACUGGAAGCGAGAGUUCGAGAAGUGGACACCCGAGGUCCACGUACUGGUACUGCAGGGCGCGAAGGAAGAGCGCAACGCACUCAUCAACGACAGGUUGGUCAACGAAGACUUCGAUGUCUGCAUCACGAGUUAUGAAAUGGUUUUGCGCGAGAAGGGCCAUCUAAAGAAGUUCGCAUGGGAGUACAUCAUCAUCGACGAAGCUCACCGCAUCAAGAACGAGGAGUCAUCACUGGCCCAAGUCAUCCGUGUUUUCAACUCCCGAAACCGCCUUUUGAUCACCGGUACCCCCCUCCAGAACAACCUGCACGAGCUGUGGGCUCUGCUCAACUUCUUGCUUCCCGACGUCUUCGGUGACUCCGAGGCCUUUGACCAGUGGUUCUCUGGCCGAGAACAGGACCAGGACACUGUUGUCCAACAACUCCAUCGUGUACUGAGACCCUUCUUGCUCCGAAGGGUCAAGAGCGAUGUCGAGAAGAGCCUUUUGCCCAAGAAGGAGGUCAAUGUCUACCUUGGCAUGUCCGAGAUGCAGAUCAAGUGGUAUCAGAAGAUUCUCGAGAAGGACAUAGACGCUGUCAACGGUGCCAACGGAAAGCGAGAGUCCAAGACGAGAUUGCUGAACAUCGUCAUGCAGUUGCGAAAGUGCUGCAACCACCCUUACCUCUUUGAAGGCGCCGAGCCCGGCCCACCGUACACCACCGAUGAGCAUCUUAUCUACAACGCCGGCAAGAUGGUUGUUCUGGACAAGUUGCUGACCAGGAUGCGAAAGCAGGGCAGCAGAGUCCUUAUCUUCUCGCAGAUGAGCCGUCUCUUGGACAUCCUUGAAGACUACUGUGUGUUCAGGGAGUACAAGUACUGCCGCAUUGACGGUGGGACGGCACACGAGGAUCGUAUUGCCGCCAUUGACGAGUACAACAAGCCAGGCUCUGAAAAGUUCAUCUUCCUGCUCACGACGAGAGCAGGUGGUCUGGGCAUCAACCUCACCACUGCCGACAUUGUUGUGCUUUACGACAGCGAUUGGAAUCCUCAGGCUGAUUUGCAAGCCAUGGAUCGUGCUCAUCGUAUCGGCCAGACCAAGCAGGUCGUGGUGUAUCGUUUCGUGACUGAUAAUGCAAUUGAGGAGAAGGUCUUGGAAAGAGCCGCCCAGAAGCUGCGUCUCGAUCAACUUGUUAUCCAGCAAGGCCGUGCUCAGGUGGCGGCAAAGGCCGCCGCCAACAAGGAUGAGCUUCUCUCCAUGAUCCAGCACGGCGCCGAGAAGGUCUUCCAAAACAAGGGUGCCAACGCUAUGCUCGCGAACAAGGGCGCUGACCUGGACGAUGACGAUAUCGACAACAUUCUCGCCUCGGGUGAAUCGAGGACGAAGGAACUCAACGCCAAAUAUGAAAAGCUCGGAAUCGAUGACCUACAGAACUUCACGUCCGAGUCUGCCUACACCUGGAACGGUGAGGAUUUCAAGACCAACAAGAAGGACAUUGGCAUGAACUGGAUCAACCCCGCCAAGCGUGAGCGCAAGGAGCAGUCCUAUUCUAUGGAUAAAUACUUCCGCCAGGCUAUGUAUCCUCCCAAGGAAAAGGACACCAAACCCAAGGCCCCGCGAGCUCCGAAGCAGGUGCCUGUGCACGACUACCAGUUCUAUCCGCCUAGAUUGCGCGAUCUCCAGGACCGUGAAACGGCGUACUACCGCAAGGAGAUCGGUUACAAAAUUCCGCUUGCUGAUGGCGAUGACGACAACCUUGACGAGCGUGAGGCGGAGCGUGCGCUGGAUCAGCAAGAGAUUGAUAGCGCCACGCCUCUCACCGAGGAGGAGCAGGAGGAGAAGCAGCGUCUUUCACAGCAAGGCUUUGGUGAAUGGAAUCGACGCGACUUUCAGCAAUUCAUUAACGCCUCAGGCCGUUACGGCCGCAACGACUACGAAAAUAUCGCAGAAGAUAUCGAUAACAAGACCGCGGCCGAAGUCAAGCAGUAUGCCAAGGUCUUCUGGCAGCGGUACACCGAAAUUGCCGACUACAACAAGUACAUCAAAGUCAUUGAAGACGGCGAGGAGCGGAUGCGCAAGAUUGAGCACCAGAGGAAGCUGCUUCGCAAGAAGAUGUCUCAGUACCGCGUCCCCUUGCAGCAGCUCAAGAUCAACUACUCCGUAUCCACCACGAACAAGAAGGUGUACACGGAGGAAGAGGACAGGUUCUUGCUGGUUCUUCUCGACAAGCUUGGCAUCGACUCCCCCGGUCUGUACGAGAAAAUGCGAGACGAGAUCGCAGACAGCCCUCUGUUCCGUUUUGACUGGUUCUUCCUUAGCAGGACGCCCGUCGAGCUGAGCCGUCGCUGCACCACGCUGUUGACAACUAUCGUGAAGGAGUUCGAGGAUGUUCAUCCUACGAAGGGUUCGAACGGCGUCAACGGAAAGGCCAAAAGAGAAGCCGAUGACGAGGAGAACGACGAGGAUAGCAUUCUCGGCAUGGCCCCGGCGAAGAAGAAGUCAAAGAACGGCGUUAAGAACAAGGCACUAGACAACGUCAAGUCGGAGGCCGGAAGCAAGAACACAUCAGCAGCUCCUUCGAGGGCGUCCAGCGUCACCUCGACCAAGUCUGCCACCAAUGCCAAGAGUAAAUCCAAGGGCAAGAAGAAAUAG